UGUUUCACUUCCUGCUUUUGAAUAUCUGGUUGAACGACUUAAGCUUAAUUUGUUAAACUCCAGUAAGUGACUAUCCCACAUGGUUUGACUCAGAGAUUCUCUUUCGUCCACAGGCAAUCGUGUCAGGAGCAGAAAGAAAAGAGCUCCCAAAUGCUGUGGCUCUUCAGGGGCUCUCAAGAACAAUGGAAUAUCCUGAUUUAGAAAAUUUGGAUGAAGACGGAUAUACGCAAUUACGGUUCAACUCUCGAAACAAUACCAGGAUAUCCGUUGUUUCAGAGAAAGGAUCUUGUGCUGCAUCUCCUCCUUGGCGUCUCAUUGCUGUGAUUUUGGGAAUUCUCUGCUUGGUAAUACUGGUGACAGCUGUGGUCCUGGGUACCACGGCUUUUUGGAGAUCCAAUUCAGGAAGCAACCCAUUGAAGAAUGGCAACUUUCCAUCAAGAAAUAAAGAGAACCACAGUCAACCCACACAAUCAUCUUUAGAAGAGAGUGUGACUCCUACCAAAGCUGUCAAAACCACAGGAGAUCUUUCCAGCCCUUGUCCUCCUAACUGGAUUAUAUAUGAGAAGAGCUGUUAUCUAUUCAGCACGUCACUAAAUUCUUGGGAUGGAAGUAAAAGACAGUGCUCUCAACUGGACUCUAACCUCCUGAAGAUAGACAGUUCAAAAGAAUUGGGAUUUAUAUUAAAGCAAGUGUCUUCCCAACCUGAUAAUUCAUUUUGGAUAGGCCUUUCUAGGACCCAGACUGAGGGACCGUGGCUCUGGGAGGAUGGAUCAACAUUCUCUUCUAACUUGUGAAAACUCUGUAUGAUUUCCUUGGUUAUAGAGAGACUUGGUAUGAUGGCUUUCUCAGAUGCUAGUCAUAGUAAUAAUGUGCUUGGUGUGCAAGAAAACUUACUGUCUCUGGAAGCUUAUCUCGCUCCAAUGAGGUAUGCACUUUUUAAUUUAUUUACUCUUCCCUAGUAUUUUAUUCACUGGGCUGAUGGUUCAAGCUUCAGGCCAGUAGGAGAGGUGUUCCUAGAUAGGAACCCACUGUGGCUAAAGCAAGUGGGUAAACACAGUAUCCGAUGGUGGGCAGAGGUUCCAGCCUUGACAGAGGGAGCUGGGGAGCUGUCAGUGAGACACACUGAAGUCUUACCAGGGUGGUAGCUACCUUAGCUCUUCUGCCAGGUCAGCAGGGAAGCUAUCCACAGGCCUCUCUUUUCAUCUGUCAGAAUGUAAUGUUCCAAGUAGAGAAGAAUUGUGACUCUGCCUCUCAUGUGAGCCUGAAACUGGAGGCUGCUUCUCCUGUGGGGACGCAGUCACCCUGAAGUGUUCUAGAAAGUCUGUCUAUGGGUGCACCCAUGUCGAGUUCUUGUGGGAGAAGACUCAGCUGUGUGUGCAGUGGAGGAUGAGGUAGGUAGGAAGUCCCCUUCUCCAAGAUCCUUGAUAAGACCCGGGCUGUCUGACUGUUGGGGUACAGCUAUAGACAUUCCAUGCUGAGCCCAGCCCUGCAAUUCUGCCUCUAUUGAAAGAAACUUCCUACCAGUGGAACAAUCUGAUCCUCAAGACCUGCCAUCUGGAUUCUUUUGUCACACAGAGUGUUCCCUUUAUGUGGUGCACUCUCCCUUCCCCUAGGAGUAGGAGUACCUGAGAGACAGACUACUAUGAGUGCUGCUGUUCCUCUGGAUCCAGCCACUCAGUGGCUCCAUACUAUUGCUGGGGGAUGUCUGCUAAGGAUCCAGUGAUGUGACCUGUCCUCCAGUCUCCGAGCAGCAGUUAUCACUACCAGCUCUGAUGGGGGUGCCAGAGGAGUGACAUAGACUCUGUGAGACUCUUGAUUAUAGAUAACUUUAGUGUGUUGUCUUUCUUGAAUGCCAGUUAAAGUAGUAAUGAACUAGUCAUGUGGACAGUCUCAGGAUGUCCUGGUUAGACAGGGUGGUGCAGGCAGUGGUAAUAGCUGAGGUCACACAGUAGUUUUCUCUUUUCUGAGUGCAGUGUUAUUCCACCUGCAGAUGCUGUAAUGGACUGUGUUGGCUGGCUUCCAGCUAUAGGGUGGCAUUUGCAAAAGAGUACCAGGUGUGGCAGUAGCAGUGCGAUUUGUGCUUGCCUUACGUUGCUCACGGUCAGUAGUCUGGCUCUCUUCACCUUUCUCUGGUAUCUCCUUGAGUAACUUUUAAUCUGAAUUCUUCAUUUGGUAUUUCUAAUAUUUUAUCUUGGUUUGGCUUCAUUGCUAGACAGCUAAUGUGAUCUUUUGGGAGGUGUUACAGAAUCCCAUUUAUCAUUUGAACAGAAUUAGUUUUCUGGUUCUUUCUCACUUGGGUAGACUAUUUCCUCUAAUGUUUCUUAAAUAUAUUUUUGAUUUGAUUGUGUGAUUUUUUUUAAAAAAAUUAUUUUCCUUCUUAAGGAUUUGAAUUUAAUGUUUAUAGUUUAUUAUAGCCUAAUUUGGUUUUUGGUGCUUUCAGGUGAAAACUCUGUAUGAUAAACCUCCCUAGGGUUUCUACCCUUUGUAUUAAGCUACCACGAUGAGUGGAGGGGCAAAGCCAGAUGAGGGCUGUGUUAGGUGGGUCUGCACUCUGAGUCACCAUGUGCAUGGAAAGCAAUGGCCCCUGUUGGAGAUGGAGUUGGUUCUCUGGCCACUGGGGUAAUGUUCCAUAGGGGAGCAUUGCUGCCUCUGCUGCACAGAAGAGUUUACACACGGAGUAGCACGCAGCGGUGAGCCUAACCCAGAUUCCACACAGUUGGCAAGGCAGAUCAGGCUCCUACAGUACUCUGCUGGCAGCAGUGAGCUAUGUUCCAGGCAGUCUGCACUCAGAGCUCACAACUGCCUGAGGCCAUAAGCUUUUGUGGUGACAGCAACUGCUGCCUUUCAGGCCAUGCCCCUCUCUGUCCACCCGCAAAGCUCGCACCCGGAUCCUGCACUCAUGCUGCAGCACACUUCCCACUCACCUUUCUGGUUCUGACCAAGGGAGUUCAUCUUCACUUGAGGUUAUAUUGUGAAUUUCAGUUUGGAGCUUUUUUCAACGUACAGCCCUUGCCUGAGCCAGUUGGCUGAGUUCCAUGAGGUUUUCUGUGAGGUAUACUAAGGAAUAGCUUCCCUUGGUUCAUGCUGGAGACUGGGAAUGCCUCUUCCUGCUGCUGCUCUUACCUUUAUAUUUCUCACUGCUCCUUAAAUGGGUUCCAGUGCUGCGAAGGGUUAAGGCCUUCCCCCAUGGCCUGGACUUUCAGGUUCCCCAGUGGGAGUAUAUAUCCUGGAGCCAGUCUCUUUACCUCUCACACUGGGGGCUGACGGUUUUUCACCUGGCUCACAGAGUAGGCUGCAGCCUGCUGCUUCUUUCAAAGAGUCUGUGGAUCCUUUCAGUUUUGCUGUUCACUUCCUGCAUUGCUUCUUGGAAAAAAGUUUACAGUGAGCAUUUUACACAUGAUUUUUAAAAAACUUCUUUAUAUUGGUUUUCACCUUUCUCCGGUAUCUCCUUGAGUAACUUUUAAUCUGAAUUCUUCAUUUGGUAUUUCUAAUAUUUUAUCUUGGUUUGGCUUCAUUGAUAGAGAGCUAAUGUGAUCUUUUGGGAGGUGUUACAGAACCCCAUUUAUCAUUUUAACAGAAUUAGUUUUCUGGUUCUUUCUCACUUGGGCAGACUAUUUCAUCUAAUUUUUCUUAAGGAUUUGAAUUUUAUGUUUAUAGUUUAUUAUAGCCUAAUUUGGUUUUUGGUGCUUUCAGGUGAAAACUCUGUAUGACUUCCAGUAAAAUGUAUAAUUCCUCAUGAUCAUAAUGUACCAAAUGUGCUAUAAAAUGUUAAAUCAAGUUCAGAUACUGUAAGAGAGAUCACUACUCUGUUCUUGGAGAAAGGAAGGGGCUAGGUCCUAUAAGCUCUUCUCUUUUCACAAAGGCACGGAGAGGUUAACUUAAGCGACUCCUUAAAGGAUGGGUAGGAAACAGAGAUGUGUGUCCUCCCAACAUAUUAUUAUUCUGCAGACUGAAGGAACCACCGUGCUGUUCUAAGAACCUGCCUUCUUUACGCUGUAGUUCCAUGAGAAGUGCAAACAGGUAAACAAAAGAGACUGAGAAAGGCCAACUUUUUGAUAACUGUUGAGACAGAGACGGCCUAAACGGAAAGCACAUGCUGUUUCCCCUCAGCCUGACUGAUUUGGCAUUCAGAGUACAUGCUCACAGGAGAGGGGCUGGGCCUCUCCAGUCAGGAACUGCAGUCAGAGACUUCCCCUGCUACUUGCCCGGAAAGAACAUUAGGAAUGCCUUUCAGUGCCUUGCUUCCUGAACUAGCUCACAGUAGCCAGGCGGCCCGGGGCAAUCCCACCAUAUUUCACUCUCACCGCUGCGGGAAUCCAGAUGCAGGCCAAGUACAGCAGCACGAGGGACAUGCUGGAUGAUGAUGAGGACACCACCAUGAGCCUGUAUUCUCAAGCCUCUGCCACAACCCGGCGGCCGGAGCCCCGCUGCACAGGUACUCUGCCUCCUCGGGUCCGAAUAGACCAGACCCCUUUGCAAAACGUGCGAGAUGAGCUAUCCUUCCUAGAAAUGUACAAAAUAGAGAAAAAAGAAGAAAUGUUGUUGUGAUUUACAGUGAUGUGUAGCUGUGCACUUUCCACAAAAUGCCUUAUACGUGAAUAUCUGGAAAUUUAAACCCAAUCUACAUACAGAUGUUUGUUUUUCUGAAAUUCUAUUGCUAGCCUAGUGGUUUGCAGUUGAGCAUGUGUUGCUUUUUCCAUGCAGGCAUAGCAUACAAAAGUGAAAUUUUAUGUGCGAUUAAAGCUACGCCCUUUCUCUCUCCCACCUUCCCUAAAACAAGUCAGGUAUUGUUUUGUUUACCAUCUGAUCUGGAAAUUUAGAUUUAUAAAAGCCACAUUUUUGCUGGUUUUGAAGUCAUGGCUUUAGAGGGGGAUUUUCAAGCAUACCAAUUAACCCUAGUUUUCUGUUACAAUAAUUUUGCCUCUUGAAAUUGUGAGCCCUUAAGAGAGUCAUGUCAACAUCAGACGUUUGGUUUUAUCAUAUGUGAAAUGAAGGAUGAUUAAAGCAAAUGCUUUCUAAGGUUCCUUUACCUCUGGACGUCUGUGAUACAAUAGUUUAAAUAAUGGCAUCAAAUUCCAUUAUGUCCAGUCCCUAUCCCCUUUUACUGUAUUGAUUUCAGAAUAUUGUGGAGAAGAUUGAAUCAAAUUAUGAAAAUAUUUAAUGUUAGUUAUAUUUUGCUUCUAUCCUAUAAUUUUAUUUCCAAUUACUCCCCCUAUGACAUAGUAGUGAUUUUUUUUUUCAGUUCUAUUCAGUUCCAUAAUUCACACACUUAGAGAAGGAUUUUAUUUCCUGGGCCACUCAGCCAGUCUAAAGCUAAAAUAUGACUUAAGUUCUAGUGAAAAGGACUCACAUGGCACGACUAGAUUCUAGGUCCUAACCCAGGUACACCACUUACCUUCUGUGUAACUUUGGAGGCGUUAUUCAUGUAUCCUGGUGGCAUCAUAGUCCUUAUUUAUAAAAUAUUAAUGGCCACAAACAUGUAUACAGGACUCAUUAUGUGCUGUCAGUGUUUUAAAUUCUUUAGGUAUGUUCGUUUAUAUUAACUUUAAUUAAUAUUAAACAGAAGUAAUAAAACUUCCUUUACAAGGUGGUCCUGAGUACUGAGAAUGAUGAAUUAUGUGAAAUACUUGAUAUAUUACAGACACUCCAGAAAUGUAGAAUUCCUUUCAACGUUCCAUUUCUUGAGAAUUCCUAAAGCGCUCCUUUCAGCAGUUUUCUGUCAGUCUGUAUCAGAUUGAACAGACAUUUAUUCAGUGCCUGUAUUUCAGUAUGUCCUUUCCCUUCUGACUAUAUCACCAUUUUCUUCACCUUUGUAAAUCUGGAUAUACCUUAUUUUUUUUUUUUCAAAAAUGUUCUCUUCCUUAUUUUUUUAUCAGAUAACUUUUAGUUUUCCUUUCUUUCUCCUACUAAACUCUCUAUUCACUUUCUAUUUAUUAAAUGAUCCUCCACCUGAGACCCACUGAUGUGGCUUUUUUUUUUUUUUUUUAACUAAACUAUCCGGUAAGCUGUUAGGGGACAUUGGGGAUUUCCAACCUCUUUGACACGAAGCUAAGUCACAAAAGUAGGAAUGUCAAUUUCCGUAGCCACAGGAGAUAUAUAUAUUUAUAUAUAUAAAUACGAUACAAAGUGUUUUCCUCCAAAAAAUAUUAUGAAGAGUCCAUUUUUAGGGCUGUGGUUUUGAGUGUCUUGUCUAUAACUUCAUUUUCCACCUCUGACUGGAGCCAGGAGCUGUCUCUAGGACUAGUGAUCAGCAUAAUCAAGAACAGCAUGUACAAAUAAGUUCUGCUGAGCUUGAAGGGUAGAGAGGGAGGUGGAGCAAGAUAAAGCACUAGCUGCAACAUCUGGGGGCCUCUUUGCAAGAAAUGGAAAGAAUUAUCUUGGAGGGAAACAUCUGGAAAUAGUUAUCUUACCCUACAUAUAUGAUAUCUUGUUUUCAUCUUUUAUUGGUAAGGCAAACAUUUAGAGGAAUGUCAUCAUAGAAGUAUAAUUAUUUCUCAUGUAAACAUAUCUGAUAUACCUUUGCUGAUAAAAAAUAACAGAGCAGAAAUCAGUCAGAAUUUUUUGGCAACGUGGAGGAUUCAGAUUCAGCAUAAUGCUGUGACACCAUUCAGAGCUGGCAACUUUUAUUUUGUAGAAUUAAUAGAAAUAAAGCACACACAUUCAUUUAAUUUCUAGAUGUUUAUUUUGUCAAUAACACUUGACAUAACAACUAUGUUUGUGUUUUAAAAUGCCAAACAAUUAAGCUAGUAAAAAUGAAAGACAACACCCUCAUGCAUUUUUCACAAACUUAUGUGUGGGGUCAAGUUAUCCUAGUACUGAGUAUUGAUGUCCAAUGUGAUAUGGUCCCUGUUCAUAAGGAAAUUGAAAGCCUAAUACAAUUCUCAACUAAGGUAAAGUAUAAUAAGGUGUUAUGGCAGCAGCAUGUAUGGUAUAGCCUAGAGCUUGCUUAUAUCUACCUAAUUAAGUAGAGGAGCUCAGGAAAGACUUAACAGAAGGAGUGAUGUGGAGAGUUGAGUUAAUUUUAACAUAUUUCACAUAAUAAGGCAUCAGGAGUGAAAGUGUUUGAGAGGCUGGGGACACUACAUUCAGAAAGACACAUGAAGGGAAAGCUAUGAGGGUUUUCAAUAGCUUUGUAGUUUUAGAGAACUAUAAGCAAUAUGUGCAGCUUAGGUGUAGAGUUGGAGAAGGGAAACUUGGCAAGGGGUAAGCCUGCAAGUUAAGGAGGCCUUUUAGGGCAUGCUGGUGUAUUUUAAUUCUAUCAAUAGUUGAAAUGAGGUCAAUGCGGGAUUUAGAUAGGGAGAAACAGCAUUUUGCAUUUUGGGAAGACCAUCUAGGCUGCAAUGGCAAGGACAGGUUGAAGGCAUAUGAAACUGGAUAGCCAAUACAGAAUUUUUUCACUAGUCUAGGACAAGAGUAGAAGAACAUGAACUGUGGCAGCAUGGUAAAAAUGAGGAAAAAGAAUCAGAGAUGAACGAUGUUGAGGUGAUGGGAACAUGAACUGAGGCA